AUGAAUUAUGACGAUGACGAUCAGCCAGUUUACGACACGCGAGUCUUUCCCUACAUCAACUGUCUCUUCGUUUUGCUACUCAAGAACAAUUCUAUUGUGGUCAAGUGUCAGGCCACUGCAGAUCCACCGGCUGACAUCUACAUCACCUUCCCUGACAAUCAAAGUCUCCUUCAACCGAGAAGCCACGGCAAAAAGACAAUCACCGUCACCCACGUUGAAUCAAUUGAAAGGGACAAGCCAGUCUCAGGUAAGUACGAGUGCCAAGCUAUCAACAACGACGGGAAAUCGGAGGUUUUGGAGAAAUGUGCCAUAGACGCAGUUGUAAAGAAGGGACUGCCUGCUAGGUCUCAAAAAGAUUUUCAUCUCGAAUUUUCAGCACGUCACUUUAACAUCCGAUAA